GCGUACUCUAGUACUAUCUCCUCUCGCAGCACAAUUUAUUGCAAUUCAUCCCAGCGUACGCGCUACCUGCGUCACCCUAAUCCUAUCCAGCUGAUUGAAAAGCAUCAGGACAUUCGGCGGCUAAUUUCUUUGUCGGAGUGGCAUUAUCGAAAUUCGAGCCUCCAGCCCGAGCGCGCCGCACGCACCAGAUAGCGUGCUCACCUAUAAAAGCAAACCGAAGCGAACGCAAUGGCUCAUCGUUGCGAACAGGAUAGCGGAUAGGAAAGAUGUGGUUUAAGCUAGCGUUUCUACUGGUAGCUGCCAUUGCGUGCGGUGGAUCGGCCGAACAGGCCCGAUUCGACAACUACCGCGUGUACGAGGUGUCGAUCGAAACUGAGCUGCAGCUGCGUACCCUGCAACAGCUGGAACAGAACCCCGAUGGCUACAACUUCUGGGAAUCGCCGGUCCAGACCAACAUGCGGCUGAGCAUUGUCGUCCCACCGCACAAGUUUGCCCACUUUGAGGAGCUGACCGUUGCGCUGGCACUGAAGACACGCCUGCAGAUCGAAGACUUCCAGAAAGUGAUCGAUGCUGAGCGUCCGAUGCGCCGCACGCGUGCUACCUUCGGCUGGACCGAUUACUACACCGUCGAUGAAAUCUACGCCUGGAUGGAUUCGGUGGUGGCCUCGAACCCGACCAUCCUUACCGGCUCGGUUUACGGCAAAUCGUUCGAGGGACGUGACCUGAAGGCGAUCAAGCUAUCGCACAAGGCGGGCAAUCCCGGUAUCUUCAUCGAGGCUAACAUUCAUGCGCGUGAGUGGAUCUCGUCCGCCACUGCUACGUGGCUGCUGAACGAGCUGCUUACCUCCAGCAACCCGGCAGUGCAGGAUUUGGCCCAGAACUACGACUGGUACUUCAUCAUGAUUGCUAACCCCGAUGGUUUGACGUACACCAAGACUACCAAUCGUCAAUGGCGCAAGACCCGUCAACCGGUCAACGCUCUCUGCGUUGGUACUGACCCGAACCGCAACUUCGACUACAAGUGGAUGAACGGUGGAGCUUCGUCCGUACCCUGCUCGGACACCUUCGCCGGACUGACGGCUUUUUCGGAGCCGGAAACGCGUGCCAUGGCUGACUACUAUGCCACCAUUGCCAGCAACAUCGACAUCCAGUUCUCGUUCCACUCGUACGGUCAGUACCUGCUGACACCGUUCGGAUACAGUGGUGCUCCACGCCCAUCCAACGAUGCGGACCUGCAGCGCAUUGCCGCUGCCACUGCUGCCGCCAUUCAGGCCACUUACGGCACGCGCUACACCUACGGCAACAGUGCCGCCGUUUUGUACACUACCUCCGGUAGCACGGUAGACUACUUCGUUGGAGUGCACGGCACGCGUCUUGGAUACACCUUCGAGUUCCGUGAUACCGGUGCGACUGGAUUCGUCCUCCCGGCCGAUCAGAUCAUUCCCAACGCAGAGGAAACGCUCAACGGAAUCAUCGCUUUUGUUGCCGAAGCUAAGGCCCUCGGUUACGUCUAAAGCACGUUCCCUUGCAUUACCUGUCCAAUAAAGCAAUACGAUUACAAUUUGAAAUCCAAUUCGAAUUGGUAGUGA